GUAUUCACCGUUCGUUCAGGUGGGACAACGGGAGUCAGUGUUAAAGGUCGCAGUGAAAAAAGCAACAUGACUUUUAGAAUGGAAGACAAAGGGAAGAUUGAGUCAAUUAAAUUUUCACCAGAUUUAAGAGUGCUUGCUGUACAAAGGUCCCAAACAACAGUAGAAUUCAUCAACUUUAUAGAAGGAAUGGAUGUUAUGGAAUAUUCACAAGCAUGCAAGGGGAAGUCAACAAGAAUUUUGGGAUUCAACUGGACUGGAUUAAAUGAAAUAGUUUUUGUCACAGAUCAUGGACUAGAAUUAUAUCAGGUGCUUCCAGAGAAAAGAACAUUGAAGCCCAUUAAGACACACAAUACUGUUGUCAACUGGUUGUCUGCUUGCCUGAUAGCAACAUAUAAGACAUAUAAAUAUGGGCAAUUAUAUGUUGUGGUGCUGAGACACCAACCAAGAGUUGGAGGUCAGCCUAAUGCUGAGGUCUGCCUCUACCAACUUCACAGGGAAAGUCCGGCAAGGAAAACGGAUGUGCUACGGUUGGAGAUGAGCGGCAGGUUCGCUGUGAAUGUCGUGGAUAGCCUGCUGGUUGUUCAUCACCAGACAUCACAGACUUCGAUGGUGUUUGACAUCAGACUGGCAAAGGAUUCUGAUGGUUACGUAAACUACCACCACCCAGUGUGUCCUCCACUGUCGAUUAAAUCAUUUACAUUUCAACUUCCCAUAGCACCAACACAUCUACCAAAUGAAACAACGGAAACGCAAUGUGAUCUCUAUUCAUCCAACUGGGUAGUCUUCCAACCAAACAUUGUGAUAGAUGCAAAAUGGGGAUGCUUAUGGACUGUGCAGCUAAAUUUGCAGCCGAUGAUCAACAUGUUUCCCGACAAGUUGAAGCUGAUGGACUUUCUGCUGCAACGCAGCGAUUCCAAGAUGACGGUGCUAACUGUGUGUCUGCUGGCGCUAUCGCCCGGCCCCCAGCAGUGUGGGCUGCGCACCAUUAGUCAACUCUACGACAAACUCAAUGCCAUCUACAAGGAUCACCUUGACUCGAAGAGUCAGGGUGCUGAAGCAGUUGCCCCCAGUACAUCCCAGGUAGUCGUGGACCAGUCAGACAUGUACACUUACGUACUUUCCCGGUUCGUCGAUAGUAUCGACGCGAGCGGCAAUUACAAGUUUGUCGUCGCCGUACUCAUCGACUACAUCCGCUCAUUGAACCAGAAUCGCAUUCACGUCCAGCACUACCUCUAUGAGCUGUUGAUCAACACCCUAGUGCAGAAUGGCUGCUUCUAUCAGCUCCACCAGAUGAUGCAGUACCAUGUCCUGAGCGACUCGAAACACCUCGCCUGUCUGCUGCUCUCACUCGAGAGCGUUUACCCUCCUGCUCACCAGCUGGCGCUCGAUAUGCUCAAGAGGCUUUCGACUGCCAAUGAAGAAAUUAUUGAAGUGCUUUUGUCAACGCAUCAGCUAUUUUCAGCUCUUAGGUUUGUGAAGACUGUUGGUCAGGUGGAUCAGAUAUCAGCACGGAAAUUCCUUGAGGUAGCAUUGAGCACAGAGAACAACCAACUGUUCUACACUGUCUUCAAGUUCUUUGAACAGAGAAAUUUACGAUUAAGAGGAAGGCCGGACUUCCCCAAAGGAGAACACUGCGAAUCGUACGUGAAGCACUUUGAGUCACUUUACGGAUCAGAAGCACUAGGACAGCCUCUGCAGACGUAACUAGUCCCAGGUGCCAGGAUAUCGUUAACUGUACUUAUCCUCCCUACGCGCAGAACAAUACGAUACGUCAUAAACAAGCAGGUGACUUACGAAUAACACUGAAUUCUAUAUAAAACUGGGCACAUUGUGAUCCAGGAUCAUAAGUCAUCUGGUCAAAUAAAUUAAACUGAUUU